AUGAAGACGCAGACAGGCUCCCGUGACAUUUGGGACGUCCCUCGUUUCACUUUCAAUCCAAAAGAAGGCAUCGACAACCCAGCUCUGAAUAUAAACGAUGACGAUGAUGAUCCAGUGGUGUUGGUGCCUCGGAUCGUGCACCUGCAGCGGCUUGAGGGGCAGAGUUUCGGAUUCUCUCUGCGGGGGUCCGGGCCGGAGGGCUGGGGGCUGGAGGUGAGCGAGGUGCAGGUCUGGAGCCAGGCUGAGCAGAGCGGACUGAGGCCUGGAGACCGAGUCCUAGAGGUGAACGAAGAGGAUGUCACCAACGCACGCUUCGAGAAGGUGGAGAGAAAGAUAAAGUUUUGUGGUUGUAAUCUGUUUCUUCUGGUUUUGAGGAAAGACGACUAUGAACAGGCUGGGUCUUCAGGUCUGGAUCUGGCGUCCGUGGUGAAAUCAUUCAAAGGAGAAUACUGUCACAAACCAAGACUGUGCCACAUCAUACGAAACCCUGACGGAGGCCUGGGCUUCACCCUCAUCUCCCUGGAAGGUCACAGAGGGCAGUACAUCGUGAGCACAGAGAGCGGAGGAGCAGCAGAGAGAGCUGGAGUCUGCAGCGGAGACAAACUCAUCUGCAUCAACGGCACCAGAGUCUCUUCUCUCACUCUGUCCGCCAUCAACAGAACGUUGAGGAAAAGCCCCGACUCUGUGACUGUGUUGGUCAUAGACGGUGUCAGCGAGGAGUGUUUCAUAAAAAGGAAAAUGCCCAUCGUCCCUGAAGUGGCCGAGUGUUUCAAUUUCCCACACAGAGCCAAGACCAUGAACCUGUCCAAAGGCAAAGAUGGAUACGGGUUUGUCCUCAGACAAGAAAAGAUGGGCAGCAGCCACAAAAAAGUGCACGUGCUGCGGGAGGUGGAUAGCUGCAGCCCUGCGGAGGAGGCUGGGAUGGAGGACGGAGAUCUGCUGCUGGCUGUGAACACUGAGGCGGCGGAGUCUCUGGAGCACGACGACAUCGUCCGCCUGAUCCGGCAGAGCGGAGACCGGGUCAGCUUGACCACGAUGUCCCGGGGCCCCCGCGACUUCUACAGACAGUUGGGCAUCUCUCCACUGUUAUUCCAUCAGGAUCCUAUAGAAGCUUCAGAAUCAGCCGAGAGCUGCGAUGCACAUAAACAGAAAAUGGAAGUAUUCUUAUGA